AUGUAACCAAAUAAAGAAACAAGACUCUAUAGUUGAUGGCGCGUUAAUAAACGUUCGCGCUCUGAGCCAACAUUUCUUUGCAAACACAAUGAGGAAUAUUAUUUUCGGGAAACGAUUCUUUGGGCAAGGAACUGAAGAUGGAGGGCCAGGUGAAGAAGAAACUGAACAUGUUGCUGCACUUUUUGUCUUGCUCAAGUACCUUUAUGCGUUUUGUAUCACUGAUUACUUCCCAUGGUUAAGAGGGAAGACAGACUUUGAUGGACAUGAAAAGAUAAUUCGGACUGCAAUCGAAAAUGUUCGAAAGUAUCAGGAUCCAUUGGUCGAUGAACGCAUUCAAAUGUGGAACAAUGGAGAUAGAAAGGAAAAAUCUGAUAUACUUGAUGUUCUUAUCACACUUGAAAAUCCUAAGCUUACGCCAGAGGAGAUUAAAGCCGAAAUUGUUGAACUGAUGAUGGCCACAAUUGAUAACACGUAUAAUGCGGUAGAAUGGACGAUUGGUGAGAUGAUCAAUGAACCUAUGAUCCUGAAGAGAGCAGUUGAGGAGUUGGAGCAUAUAGUAGGUCACCAAAGGCUAGUCGAAGAGCAUGAUGUACCCCAACUCAAUUACAUAAAGGCAUGCAUCAAGGAAGCUUUUAGGUUGCACCCGUUUGUAUCUUUUCUUCCGCCACAUGUUUCUAUGAUGGAUACUACAGUUGCUGGUUACUUCAUACCUAAGGGUAGCCAUGUUAUACUGAGUCGAUAUGGGGUAGGAAGGAAUCCCAAUGUGUGGGCAGACCCGUUGCGCUUUAACCCAGAUCGACAUCUACAUGGGGAAGAAAAACAUGUGGUUCUUUCAGAUAAUAACCUUAGGUUGAUCUCAUUUAGCACGGGGAAACGUGGUUGUCCUGGAAUAAUGUUAGGCACAAUCAUGACUACAAUGUUGUUAGCAAGGAUGGUCCAGGGUUUCACCUGGGAGGCACCGGAUAAUGAGCGAUCAGUUGAGCUUGUUGAAAGUCACGAUGACAUUUGCUUGGCUACACCGCUUGUGGCAAUUGCUAAGCCACGGUUGCCAGGGUACAUAUACCCUACAUAUUAA